UGAUGGAACUCAAAUUUGCAUAGACCUUCCUAAAACAAGAAAAGAAACAUAUAACAAUGAACAACAAAAUCAAAAUAAUGAAUAUGUUCAAAAUCAUCAAAAUGAUGAAGAUGAUGAAAUUAACCAAAAUGAUGAAAUUGAUCAAAAUGAUUUAAAUGGAACUGCUACAACUUCAUCAUUCUUUUGGAAUGAUGCAUCAACAAAAUUGUUGUUAAACAUUUACAAGGACAUGAAAGAUCUUGUAUCUACAAGGAAAAUAAAAACUUAUAAAAUAUUAUGGAAACAUAUUGCACAAAAAAUGAAUCUUAAUGAUUACCUUGUUACUUCGUUACAAGUGGAAAAUAAAAUAAAAUCGUUGGAACGUUCCUACAAAAAUAUGAUAAGCAAUAAUAAAAUGACAGGCAGAGCACGAAAAACUUGUAAAUAUGAAGCGGAGUUAACAGAUUUAUUAGGAGAAAAACACAGUAUUCAGCCACUUGCCAUAUCAGGAAGAAAUGGUUUAAUACUUAAAGAACAAUUGCAUUCCAAUAAGGAAAAUAAUACCGCGUAA